CUUUGGUGCUUUUAAUCAUGUUGGGGAAACUAGGUCCACCAUCUCAACCAUCACCCACCCUUUUCUCUCUCCUUUUAAAAAUAAAAUAUAAAUCACUUCUUUAUUUAUCUAUAUAUAUAUAUGUAAUACAUCAUGAAAUAUCACAAUCCUGAUUUUUGAUCACCAAAAAAAUAAUUAGAUCCCUGAGUUUGUUGUGAAUUUAUAAUAUUAUGAUUGUGGUAGCAAUGGAUAAUGAAAAGCAAGUACAACAAAAUUCAUCAUCAUCGCCGGCGGUGAGAGGCGGAGGAGAAGGAGAAAGAGAAGAAGAUGAAAGAGCAGAGGCAGAGGUAGAGGUAGAGGUGGCUCAAUCUUCUUCUUCAUCUUAUCCUCAUCAAGAUCGGAAGGAAAAAGCAGCAACAAAGCUAAAACCAAAUCCCACUUUCUUGGGGAGGCAUAGGAUGAAUGCAGCUAUAUCUCAACUCAAUACCCAAAUCAACAUAAUUCAGAAAGAACUACAUGAACUGGAAACAGUUGGUGAAUCCUCAAUUGUAUGCGCAGAACUCAUUUCAAGCCUGGAAACGAUCCCAGAUCCGCUACUUCCCACAACAAGAGGACCGGCAGAGGUGACUUGGGAUCGGUGGUUCAGAGGAGCCAAUACCUCACGAGGCCAUAAACGUUGGAUGUGAUAAAAGGAAGUAACCAAAGGACACACUUGACUCAUCCAUGCCAUGGGGGUGCCAAUUCAUUUAGGGCCAAUAUAUAUUUUUAUUUUAUUUUUGAACAACACAAUCUAUUUCUACUCUUUUAAAAUCGCAUUUACUUGCAAAUGAAAUGACAUGUAUAACAAUUAACUACAUUAAAAGACAGGAAAUAGCAGAGAGCUAGUUGUGCUA